AUAAUAAUAACAUUUAUUGGUUGCGGAUUUGUGGAAAAAUGUUUAAAAACAUCCUAACCAGAUCCCGGCAGCUAAUAAAUCCGGUGGCUCGUAAUCUAUCCUUAACCACCAAACAGAGCAAUGUAGCUGCCGAAUCCGAGGCUGCAAGCACAGCGCCGGCUCCGUUGGCCGCUCCUUUGAUUUUGGUCCAAAACUACACCGAAUACCCGCCCGUGAAUAGGAACGCAAAUCGGCAGGCAUGGAUAGAGAAUACGGAUACAGUAGCCGAGCGUAAAGUAGGUCUCAUAGAACUCCAUCCGGAUGUAUUUGCGGCGCAACCGCGAGUGGAUAUCAUUCAGGAAAAUGUUGAAUGGCAGCGUAAAUAUCGUUAUGUAAGCAUGGCUCAUGCCAAGACCCGAGCUGAAGUACGCGGAGGAGGACGAAAACCUUGGCCACAGAAGGGUCAGGGAAGAGCCCGACAUGGUUCGAUACGUUCACCUCUGUUUAAAGGAGGCGGCGUCAUUCAUGGACCACGCUCGCCCACCACUCAUUUUUAUAUGUUGCCCUUCUAUAAGCGUGUUCUGGGCUUGACCUCCACAUUGAGUGUUAAAUUGGCCCAAGAUGAUUUACACAUCAUUGAAUCAACAGAUAUACCCACUACGGAGCCGCAGUUCAUCAAGGAUCUUAUCGACGAGCGUCAAUGGGGUCCAUCCGUGCUGAUAGUGGACAAGGCCGAUAUUUUCCCAGAGAAUAUUUGCUAUGCCACUGACGAAUUGGGCUUUGUUAAUUUGAUGCCUACCUUCGGUUUGAAUGUCUACUCCAUGCUGAAACAUGACACAUUGGUGCUGACUGUGGAUGCAGUCAAACAUUUGGAGCAGCGUUUGCUUUAUCAAUUGCAUCGCAACGAUGCGAUCAGCAAGGGAGACAAAUUCAAACUUGAUCAAGUUUAGAAUUAAACAGAUUGUUGUAUUUAAUAUUGAUUAUAAACAAAAUCCAAAACAAA